GACGAUUUGGCCGGCAGUAUCGCUUCUGAAGCUGGACCGAUUGCAAGCAGACGAUGGGUUUUCGUAGAAGUUGAAUUAUCAAGUGUUUCAACGUUACGUCUGACAGUUCGCCGAAUUGUACCGGUCAAAAUGGACUAGGAUAAUUCUGUGGUUGUGUAUCAACAACUAUCUACGCAAAAUUACAGGUUAUGCAGUAUUAAAACCAGUUUUCGUGUAUCUGUGUUGACAAUUUUACCUGAAUCUUACUAACAUAUUGUAUCAACAAACACAAACUUAAAAUUCUCGGUGUGGUAGGUUAAGGAUCUACAGUUUGUUGAUUAAAUAUAGUCAAUUCUUGAUGUGAAUAGAAGAAAACAGUGAAAAUGGCUCUAAAACACGUUUUAAGUGGUGUGAUAAUAUUGACUUGUCUUCUAUGUUAUUAUAACAGUUCUUAUUGCGGUUUUGUGUUUGACGAUAUCAGUGCAAUUAAAGACAAUAGAGAUCUUCGUCCUCAUUCACCACUGGUCAACAUAUUUUUCAAUGAUUUCUGGGGAACUCCUAUGCAUAAGGAACAAAGCCACAAGUCAUACCGGCCAUUGUGCGUUCUGACAUUCAGGUGGAAUUAUAUGUUGUGGCAGUUGGAGCCUAUGGGAUAUCAUUUGGUGAACAUGCUACUUCACUCAGUUGUCUGCGUCAUGUAUUUCAGGAUGUGCUCCAUGUUUCUUCCUGAGAUUGCAAGUUUCGUGGCAGCCAUGUUGUUUUCAGUUCAUCCUAUUCACACAGAAGCGGUGACUGGAGUUGUUGGAAGAGCUGAAACUUUAUCAUCAGUCUUCUUUCUGGCUGCCUUUUUACUAUAUACUAAGGCCUCUCGACGGAAAAAUCAAACAGCUUGGAAAUAUCUCCUCAUAUCCAUGUUUUCCAUGGCCAUUGCGAUGCUAUGCAAAGAACAAGGGAUUACUGUAGCCGGCAUUUGUAUUUCCUACGAAGUUUUCAUCUCACAAAAAGUGAAAUUGCAACAGAUAAAGUACUUUCUCAAAUCGGCACUAUCCUCAAAAUCAUCGUACCAAUUGCCAUGGUCGAACAAUGCUACAAAAAGAAUCAUUGUCUUAGUAACCUCGACUGUGUGUCUACUGCUGUUCAGACUGCAGAUAAUGGGUUCACAGUUGCCAGUUUUCACGAGAUUCGAUAAUCCAGCUUCAGUAGCUCCAACCCCAACCAAGCAACUAACCUAUAACUAUUUAUUGAGUGUGAACCUUUGGCUUCUUCUGUUUCCUUGUAACCUGUGUUGCGAUUGGACCAUGGGGACAAUACCUCUCGUGGAAACAUUCUUGGAUCUAAGGAAUCUAGCUACAAUCUGCACCUAUGCGUUUUUUGGUUUGAUGGCAUUCAUUGCGUUUACAACGAAUAAUACAAAACAGCGUGUCGUCAUCCUAAUGGGCUUGUCAUUAAUGGUGUUUCCAUUCCUGCCAGCGUCUAAUCUCUUCUUUCCCGUGGGAUUCGUGGUAGCGGAAAGAGUCUUAUACAUGCCUUCUAUGGGAUUCUGUUUGCUGGUGGCUUACGGUUGGAGCCUAAUGCACGAAAAGCUCAGUAAGAAAAUCAGCUGGGGACUGAUUUCACUCCUCAUAAUCGCCCACGCUUCCAAGACCUAUCUCCGGAACUGGGACUGGGAAGAUGAAUACAGCGUGUUCAUGUCGGGAUUACGUGUGAACCAAAGGAACGCCAAGCUGUUCAAUAACGUGGGCCACGCACUAGAGAGCCAGGGGAAGUAUCAGGAGGCUUUGAUAUUCUUCAAGACGGCGGUUACGGUGCAAGAGGACGAUGUAGGAGCGCACAUAAACGUCGGACGAACGUACAACCAUCUGAAAAUGUUCAAAGAGGCGGAAGAGGCUUAUCUGCGAGCGAAAUCCCUGCUACCCAAAGCGAAACCCGGGGAGUCCUACCAGGCGAGGAUAGCUCCGAAUCACCUGAACGUUUUCGUCAAUUUGGCCAAUUUGAUAUCGAAGAAUUCGACGCGGCUGGAGGAGGCAGACAUGCUGUAUCGUCAGGCUAUAAGUAUGCGGGCGGAUUACACCCAGGCUUAUAUAAACAGAGGCGACAUCUUAAUCAAACUGAACAGGACUAAGGAGGCGCAGGAAGUAUACGAAAGGGCUCUGCUUUACGACAGCAGUAAUCCUGAUAUAUAUUACAACCUUGGAGUCGUCUUUCUGGAGCAAGGGAAAGCAUCACAAGCUUUGGCUUAUUUAGAUAAGGCCCUUGAAUUCGAUCCAGACCAUGAACAGGCUCUGAUGAACUCGGCGAUAUUAUUACAAGAGUUUGGCAUUCCGGAGUUUCGCAAGAUAGCAAGAGAACGCCUACUCAAACUACUCGACAAAGACCCCACAAGCGAAAGGGUUCAUUUCAAUUUAGGAAUGCUGGCCAUGGACGAAAAGAACAUCGAGGAAGCUGAGCAUUGGUUCCGUAAAGCCGUACAUCUGAAAGCGGAUUUCAGAAGUGCCCUGUUUAAUUUGGCUUUGUUACUGGCAGACGAUCAAAGGCCUCUAGAAGCCGCCCCCUUUUUGAAUCAACUUGUCAAAUAUCAUCCGGACCACGUCAAGGGUUUUAUACUGCUCGGUGACAUUUACAUCAAUAACAUCAAAGAUCUGGAUGCAGCAGAAAAUUGCUACAGGAGAAUACUAGAAAUUGACCCUGAAAAUAUCCAAGGACUUCACAACCUUUGUGUGGUACAUGUAGAAAGGGGUAAACUGUUGGAAGCAGUGGCCUGUCUUCAAAAAGCUCACGAAUUGGCCCCUGAAGAAGAAUAUGUCCUGAGACAUCUACAAAUUGUGCAGAAUAAAGUAAUAAAGUUGAAACUCAACCCUAAUAAGGUGGUCGAGUCAUAUGAACUCAAUAGAGAAGAGAGUAGAGUUGUGUCCAACAAAAUAGUAGAUAGUUCCGAAAAAAGAACUCAAACAGUGGUUACUGGUGAUUCAGAAGAGCAGAGAUAUAGUAGUAGAGUGGUCAACACUGAACCUCUUUUCGUUCAGAAUGUCCAGCAUAUUACAAGUGUCAAUGAUAACCUACCUUUCAAUGAUUUGAUUAGUGAUAAAAAUGAACAAAACACUAGCAGAUGGCGUGACAGAAAGCUAGCUAAUAAUGACGACGACCCUUCUUCUGGCAUGUCUUAGUUUUGUUCUUUUCCUUGUUUCAUUAUUUUUCAAGAGAAUUUUCAAUUUAUAUUUCUAUUCGAAGUACUUUUUAUACGAGCCAUUAGAUGUAGUAUGAAUUCUGUGAUACCCAGAAUAAAAUAUGGUUUUUCCCAUUUUAUUCUUGAGGAUUAGGUAGUGUUUUUUUCAAAUAUUCUAUUUAUCAUCUUAAGGACAUUUUAUAUUUCUUGGUUGACUCAUUCGACGAAUUUUUUUAUUUCAAAUUAUUGAUCUCAGCUAACGAUAUUUCCAUGUAAGAGUGAAAUUUCCUAUCCCCUUAGAUUCACUGUUAAUCAUGGCUCAAUAAUUGGUUUCACAAUACAUUCAAGAACACUGAAGUGCCAAUAACUCACUGCUUGGAGGCUCUAUAGAGCUUCAAAAUGAGUAAGUUGGAUAUUUGACUAAGAAUAUCAAUUCCACAUAUAGACUACUCGUUGUCUUUGAAAACUACAAAUUUAGAAAAUUUUCCUGUCAUAAUUAAAUAAAAUAAUUUAAUUUAUUUCGAAUAUGUUAAUAAUAGUUGUAGUCAUAAGUUAUUCUAUCAAGCCUUGAAAGGUCAACUAUACAACUUACGAUAUUUUUAACAAUUGCCGAAACCAAAAAAAAGUUGAAAACGAGUAUUUAUCGUUAUUUUAUUGUCAAUUCAUAGGAUAUUCACACGGAAGGAAUUGAAAUUCGGUUUCCUUGAAAAGACUGGAAAGACUAAAUCUUCCCUUGGUCAGAACUAAUAACAUUCUGGUAAAGAAUGCCGACCAAGGAAAGAUUUGAGUCAAAUUCUGAAAUACGAAAAUAUUCAAAUAUCUGAUCUAUAUUGAGUGGUUAUGUUGGAAGUAGUUUCGAAAGCAAAGUCCGUGAUUGAGUCAACUGUAUUUUCUCUGAAAUUAUUGUGAUGUAGAUUGUGAUUCUAAAAUUGGUAGUUUUAUGAUAAGUGAAAUAUUUAUUUUGAAAUUAUUCGAUGUAUUUCAAUUCUUCCUCAACAUUCCUCUUUUGUGAUGUCUCAUCGGUAUUUAAGUAACUGAAUAGUGAGUACUUAAACUUCAUAUGAUACUAACUGAAUGUAAUUAUUAAAUAGAUGUUUUAGUGUAUGGCUACCCAGCCAAUAGUCUAGCUAAGUCCACGUGGCCAAAUAUUUACGACAUACAUAUUUAGAAUUUCAAAAAACUUCAACGCCAUUUGUGGAUAAUAGAUCCUGACAGCUGAGAAAAUAUUUUUUUUUCUUAUUACGUAAAGGUGCCUUCGAAUAUAACUCUAUUGAUAAGGCAGAUAAUUUUGUAAUAUAGGAUAUAAAUAUUUUUCUAUGUUACUAAUGUUCACGAAAUUGUAUAAAUCUAUGUUAAUGAAGAAGAGAUUGACAAAAUUAUUCGACUGACUAUUUUCAACUCUCAUUACAUGAAUGAGAUUAAGGGAAGUGUGUUUCUUUGAUAAAACUUCGAAGCAAAUUGUAUUAAGGAUUGGGUAAUAUGCCCUUGACUUUGAAUUGUUGUAUUUUUGAUGAUUGGGCAAUUAUCAAAUGAUCUUGAAUGUUAUAUUCAACACCAAUAAAAAUAAACAGAGGAAAUAGUUAUGUAUACAAACUAAUCUGACAAUCUAUUAUUUUUACUUUCACCCCGAAGAAUGAAACUGUCGUAGAAAAGAAUUAUAUCGAUAAAAUGAUUACUGAUACUGUAUUCCUAUCGUUGUAAUAAAAUGUGUUUCCCAAA